UAGGCUGGAGUCCACAAUUUGCACAUCGGUCCUCCCGGAGUCACUGAAAUUAUUUCUACAUCUAUUCCAAACUGGACUAAAACAGCACAAUGAACAACUGCGCAUUUCUACUGAUCCUGGCCGUUCAAAUCUACGCCGAAGGCAUAGAGGGACCAACAGCAGCAGGCUGCACCUUUGACGAGGAUUCUGAGCCCAGUCUGUGUGACUUCACCCAAGGGGAGGAGGAUGACUUUGACUGGCAGCUUUUCAGGACACACAACUCACCCUACGCCUCUGACCUCCUGUGUGGUUCAUAUAUGCUGGUGAACUCUUCCCAGCAUGCUGCAGGGCAUCGCGCCCAGCUCCUGCUGCAGACGCUGAGUGAAAACGACACACACUGCGUCCAGUUCAGCUACUUCCUGUACAGCCGCGAUGGCCACAGUCCAGGGGCACUGCGGGCGUACGUUCGGGUCAACGGCGGCCCGCUGGGUAGCCCAGUAUGGAACACGUCGGGGUCCCACGGACGACAGUGGCACCAAGUGGAGCUGGCUGUCAGCACCUUCUGGCCCAAUGAGUACCAGGUCCUGAUCGAAGCGACUGUUUCCAGGGAGCGGCGAGGCUACAUCGUCAUUGAUGACAUCAUGCUCCUGACCUAUCCCUGUUAUAAGGCGCCCCACUUCUCCCGGCUGGGGGAUGAGGAGGUCAACGCUGGGCAGAAUGCCACCUUCCAGUGUGUGGCAUCGGGCCGGGCAUCGGAAGCUGAGAAGUUCCUACUGGAGAGGCACAGUGGGGACGUGACAUCUACAGCCUUGGUCAAGCACCUGAGUCACCGGCGCUUUGUGGCGUCAUUACAGGUGGACAGUGUGCAGUGCAACAACCAGGACCUGUACCGAUGUGUCACCCAGUCCUCCAGGGGCUCUGGGGUCUCCAACUUCGCUGAACUCAUCGUCAAAGUUCCCCCCUCCCCUAUCGCGCCCCCACAGCUGCUGCGAGCGGGCUCCACAUAUCUGAUCAUCCAGCUCAACACCAACUCCAUCCUGGGAGAUGGCCCUAUUAUCAGGAAGGAGAUUGAAUACCGGGCCAGCCAAUCACCUUGGUCCGAGGUCCAUGGGGUCAACAUGGUCACCUACAAGCUGUGGCACCUGGACCCAGACACGGAGUAUCACAUUAGUGUGUUGCUGACCCGGCCCGGAGAGGGCGGCACCGGACCACCUGGACCACCCCUCGUCAGCAGGACUAAGUGUGCAGAACCCACACGGGCCUUGCGAAGUCUCACAGCCUCAGAGAUCCAGUCCAGGCAGCUGACCCUGCAGUGGGAGACACUGGCCUACAACUUGACCCGCUGCCACACCUACUCUGUGUCCCUGUGCUACCGCUAUGCCACCGCAGGGGGCGGCGGUGGGCACAACACUACUGUGCGUGAGUGCCUGGCGGUUGAGCACAAUGCCUCACGCUUCACCCUGCGCGACCUGCCAGCCUACCACUCCAUCCAGGUCCGUUUGGCGCUAGCCAACCCUGAGGGCAAGAAGGAGGGUCGGGAAGUCACCUUCCAGACUGAAGAGGACAUUCCCGGUGGCAUCACCCCUGAAUCGCUGACCUUCACCCCCCUGGAAGACAYGAUCUUCCUCAAGUGGGAGGAGCCAGUGGAACCCAAUGGUCUCAUCACCCAGUACGAGAUCAGCUAUCAGAGCAUUGAGUCGUCUGACCCAGGCAUCAAUGUGCCAGGACCUAGGAGAACAGUGUCGAAGCUGAGGAAUGAGACCUAUCACAUGUUCUCCAACCUUCACCCUGGCACCACAUAUCUGAUUUCUGUCCGUGCCCGCACAACCAAGGGCUUCGGCCAGACCGCCCUAACUGAGAUCACCACCAACAUUUCUGCUCCAAUGUUUGACUAUGGAGACAUGCUGUCCCCUCUGAGUGAAACUGAGAGCACGAUCACUGUGUUGCUUCGCCCCGCCCUGGGCAGGGGAGCACCCGUCAGUACGUACCAGGUUGUGGUAGAGGAGGAGAGUGGCAGGAAGGUGAAGAGGGAACUGGAGGUUCAGGACUGUUACCCUCUGCCCAUGUCCCAUGGGGAGGCCCAGGCCAGAGGGACCCCCCACUACUACACGGCCGAGCUGCUUCCCAGCAGCCUGCCUGAAGCCAGCCCCUUCACCGUGGGGGACAACCACACCUACAAUAGCUACUGGAACACCCCGCUGGACCCCCGUAAGAGCUACCUCGUCUACUUCCAGGCCAUGAGCAACUUCAGAGGGGAAAGCAGAAUAAACUGCAUCCGAAUAGGCCGCAAAGCGGCCUGUAAGGACCACCGGCGGGCUCUGGAGGUGUCCCAACACUCAGAGGAGAUGGGGCUGAUCCUGGGGGUGUGUGCUGGGGGCCUGGUGGUGCUCAUCCUGCUCCUGGGGGCCAUCAUCAUCAUCAUCAGGAAGGGGAAGCCAGUGAACAUCAAUAAGACACCCAUAACGUACCGUCAGGAGAAGAGUAACAUGGGUUCGAUGGAGCGCAGUUUCACUGACCAGAGUACCCUGCAGGAGGAUGAGCGUGUGGCCCUCUCUGCAGCACGCAUGGCACACACCUGCAGCAUGCGCGGUGAGCAGUGUAGCUCAGUGAACGAGUCCAGUAGUCUUCUGGGGGGUUCGCCGCGACGCCAGUGUGUUCGUAAGGGCUCACCCUACCACACCGGUCAGCUCCACCCUGCUGUGCGCGUGGCUGACCUUCUCCAGCACAUCAACCAGAUGAAAACUGCAGAGGGGUACGGCUUCAAACAGGAGUACGAGAGCUUCUUUGAUGGCUGGGACUGCACCAAAAAUAAGGACAAAACUAAAGGGAGGCAUGACACGUUGAUGGGAUACAACCGCCACAGAGUCAAGCUCCACCCACUCCUGGGAGACCCCAACUCCGACUACAUCAAUGCCAACUACAUAGACAUUCGGAUUAACAGGGAAGGCUACCAUCGAUCCAACCACUUCAUAGCCACUCAGGGGCCCAAACAGGAGACAGUGUAUGACUUCUGGAGGAUGGUGUGGCAGGAGAACUGCUUCAGCAUCGUCAUGAUCACUAAACUGGUAGAGAUAGGCAGGGUGAAAUGCUGUAAAUACUGGCCUGAUGUCAGUGAGAUGUAUGGAGACAUCAAGAUUACACUGCUGAAGCUGGAAACACUUUCAGAGUACACAGUUCGUACUUUUGCCUUGGAGAGGAUGGGCUACUCAGCUAAACACGAGGUGCGUCAGUUCCACUUCACGUCCUGGCCGGAGCAUGGGGUUCCCUACCACGCCACAGGCCUGCUGGCCUUCAUACGGCGGGUCAAAGCAUCCACGUCACCCGAUGCUGGACCUGUGGUCGUCCACUGCAGUGUGGGGGCGGGCCGCACAGGCUGCUACAUCGUGCUGGACGUCAUGCUGGACAUGGCCGAGUGUGAGGGUGUGGUGGACAUCUACAACUGUGUCAAAACCCUCUGCUCACGACGCAUUAACAUGAUCCAGACAGAGGAGCAGUACAUAUUUAUCCAUGAUGCCAUCCUGGAGGCUGUCUGUGUGGAAACGGCAAUCUUGGUGCAUGAGUUUGCACUCAUCUACAAAGACAUGCUGCGGUUGGACCUCUCAGAGCAACUCUCCCAGCUCGAGAUGAGUUCCAG